AUGACAGCCGCCACCUCUGGAGGCGAGACCCCUCGCAUCUCCAAAAUUCCCUACUGGCGCAUGGUCUUCGAUCAAAAAGUCGUCACAGAUGAAAUCAUCAACUAUCCAUAUGUCGGGUCAGGCACAGAGGAUGAUCCCUAUGCCGUCGUCUGGAUCCCCAAUGACCCUCGCAAUCCAAUGAACUUCAGCUCGCUCAAAAAAUGGUUCAUCACAUUCAUCGCCUCUUUCACAACCCUAACCGUCGCGCUGGUCUCGUCGGCUUAUUCGGGCGGCAUGACGCAGAUCGUGGAGGAGUUUCAGGUCUCAGAGGAAGUCGUCAUUCUUGGAGUCUCCUUGUUCGUUCUGGGUUUCGCUUUCGGCCCCCUUAACUGGGCGCCUAUGAGUGAGGUGUUCGGGCGGAGGAUGGUGUUUACCGGGACGUAUGCGAUGCUGACUGCGUUCAAUGCCGGUGCGGCUGGCUCUCAGAAUGUCUGGACUUUGAUCAUUCUCCGGUUUUUCGCGGGCUUCUUUGGGUCUUCGCCGUUUGGGAAUGGGGGUGGGACGAUUGCGGAUAUGUUUCCUGCUGCUCAGCGCGGUAUUGCGAUUAGUUGUUUUGCUGCGGCGCCGUUUCUAGGUCCUACUAUCGGGCCAAUCAUCGGAGGAUUCCUGGCUUCAGGAGCAGGCUGGCGCUGGGUGGAAGGCUUCCUCGCUGCCUUUUCUGGCGUUAUCUGGAUCAUCAUCUGUCUAUGUCUGCCCGAGACAUACGCCCCCGUUCUACUCCGCCAACGAGCAGAAAAGCUUUCUGAAUUGAGCGGCAAGGUCUAUCGCAGCAAGCUGGACAUCGACCGCGGACAAACGACAUUAGGCAAGACCUUAAGCACGGCAAUGUGUCGGCCCUGGAUCCUCCUCUUCCGAGAACCCAUCGUGCUCCUCUUCAGCAUCUAUAUGGCCAUCAUAUACGGCACUCUCUACAUGCUGUUCGCAGCAUACCCCAUCGUCUUCCAAGAAGUCCGUGGCUGGAGCGAAGGUAUCGGCGGCUUAGCUUUCCUCGGUGUUCUAGUAGGCAUGGUCCUCGCACUCUGCUACAGCUUUCCCGAGAACAUGCGUUACGCCAAAAAAUGCACCCAAACUACCGGCCGCGUCGCACCCGAGGUUCGACUGCCCCCCAGUAUCAUCGGCGGUAUCGCUCUACCAAUCGGCCUGUUUUGGUUCGCCUGGACCAACUCGCCCUCCAUCCACUGGAUGGCCUCGGUUGCUGCCGGCGCGCCCUUCGGUUUCGGAAUGGUUCUUGUCUUCCUAAGUGUCUUCAACUAUCUUAUCGACUCAUACACUAUCUUCGCGGCGUCUGUCCUAGCUGCAAACUCGGCGCUCAGAUCGCUCUUCGGUGCUGCUUUCCCUCUCUUUACUACUUACAUGUAUCAAAAUCUCGGUAUACAUUGGGCUUCGUCUAUCCCUGCCUUCCUUGCUCUGGCAUGUGUCCCCUGUCCGAUUAUCUUCUACAUGUACGGUGCCCGGAUCCGCAUGCGCUGCACCUUCGCCGCCGAAGCAGAAGCAUUCAUGCAGCGUCUCACCGCAAAGAACCAGGCUGAACUCCAGCGUGAGGAACAGGCGGAGGAGAAAGCGGACGCUGAAAAGGAACCUGUGGCUCGCUCGAGCAGUGAUAAUGAGAGUGAGAGUGAAAGUGACAGUGACAUUUCUACCGUUCCUUCGCGGACUAUGAGCAGACGGGCGUCGAGGGCAUCGAGGGUAUCUAGACUCUCUGGUCGUUCGCUUAACCGCACCAUCACUGCUACUCAGUAUGAGGAGAAUCCGUAUGAUGUUGACCUGGUCAAUACUCGACAAUCGGUUAUUAGUGGACAUCAGAAGAAUUGA